UGCAUUUAAUAAAUCCAGCCCAGGAACGGCCCGUAGCACAACUUGGCACUUCCUAUUACACUUUCUACUACUGCACAACAUAUCUGCCUACGCCUCAAAAAGUAUAUCUCAAAAUGGCUCCUUCUACUACUACCCCCGAUCUCGUCCCCGAGCCCGUCUCCAAGCUUCCCGAGCGACCCAAGGAGGAUGGCUCCGCCCUCAACGAGCACGAGCGUGAGGAGCUUGCCUUUGUCGACAAGUACAGCGCCCCCGAUGUUUAUAUCAACGCAAAGACGGAUACGCUCUGGUUUCCGUGGAUCGGACCCAUUGAGCUGAAGCCCAUGCGCAUGGAGAACAGGACGGGUACUUUCGUCGUCGGUCUUCGAUCAAAGGUGGCUGCCAGCCUGGGCAAGCACCGACACCGUGGUACCGUUACAGCCAUCACCAUGUCAGGAGAAUGGGGCUACAAGGAAUACGACUGGGUUGCCCGACCUGGAGAUUGGGUUUGCGAGAACCCCGGCGUUAUCCACACCUUGUCCGUUCAGGACGACACUGAUAUCGUGUUUACCAUCACUGGUAGCAUUGAGUUCCUGAAUGAUGAUGAUACCUUGAAGUUCACUCUUGAUCUCUUCAGCUUCUCCAAGCUGUAUUACGAUUACUGCAAGGAGAAGGGCAUCAAGCCCAAUGAUGCCCUCUGGCACUAA